UAUAUAUUGUUGCUGUCAUUCUUAUAUGCUGUUGUUAUAGUUGUUUUUGUUUGUACCUCAUACUUAUGAAGGCGUUUGUAUGUACAUAGUUGUUUAUAUUUUUUUUUUUUUUUUUUUUUUUUUUUUUUGAUACUGUGUUCGGUUGUCGACGUCUUUAAUCAAGCACACAUACACACAUACACACCCAAACACACAAACACAAUCUUGCAUACAUAUCUACGCAAGUUCAUACAUAUUUUUGUUGAAAUUUAUAUGCAUACAUACAUACAAAUGUACGCCUCUGUCGUCGUCGUCCCCAACUUCAUCGUAGGCAUCGUUGUAUCGUCGCCUCCGCCUCAAAUACCUCAAAUACCACCUCUUCAUACAUACAGACAUACAAAAAUACAUAUGUAUAUAACAGCAUAGCGUGCUCAUAUAUAUUCGUUGUUGUUGUUGCUUGUCGUCCGUCUCGUCGGUGUCUGUUUACCGAAUGGAGCACCACCAUAGCUUUAGCUACAUAGCAAGACAGCACACGAAAGCAGAGCGGCAUUUAGUUGGAGUCUCCUCAGUUGCUUUUCGGCGUCUGAAUUGAGUGCGUGUAAUACACUCGUCGGCAGUGACGUGACCACCGACCACAUUUAUCUGCAUAUAUGCACAAAUACAUAACAAGACAUGUAUAUACAUAUAUGUACUAAAAAGUGUACAUAUGUGAAUGUUUGUGUGUAUAUGAGUGAGUAGUGCCGUGUAUCAAAGUAAAAUAGUAUUAUUGUGCCGAUUGUCUUCAUAAUUUGCAAUUUUUCACUUGGAAAGUUAAUUCGCUUUCAAUUUCCUUCUGGAAAAUUAACAAAUAUGUGCAUAUGUACAAAUGUAUGUGCAUUUAUACUUGUGCAUGUGAAUUUCCGAUAAAUAACGUGCGUGUGUGUUGGGGAAUCGUUAUCGCUAUCUGUCAAAAAACAUAUGAAAAUCGCAGAUAUGGCGUUGGUAAAUGAAAAACAAAUAAAAUUUUUUCGCGAUUUGUGCAUAAGUUGCGCUGCUAAUUCGAAACGCUAAAAAAUAAAGCAACAAACAACAUAUAAAUACCAAAUAAAAAUACAAAAAGGUGCAUAAAAAGCAUAUGAAAAGUCAUUUUAAAGUACAUUAAUCGUGUUCAAUAUGUGCAUAUGUAUGUAUAUGUAUGUAUGUAUUCACAUGUUCAACUACGAAACGCACAACAACGAAGGUAUUGAAAUAAACAAAUAAUAAGAAAUAAAAAGCGGUGAAAGAAAUUAUAAUAAAAAAUUACGAAAAAAAUACUUGAGAACCACCGGAUAUUGUUGAGUCAUCCCCUCCCUAGACACACUCAAGGAGUUCGAUUGUGGUUUUCCGCACCAACAGCCACGGCCUUCAAUGGAAAAUUGUUAUUUCGAAAUUUGAAACGUAUUUUUUGAGCUCGCCUUAACGUCUGUCUACGUUUGUGGUUUUACGAGCACAAUUCGCUCACCAAAUUACGCGCGACGCCGGCUUGCAUACGAACCACUUCUUCGGCGCGCCGCAAUAUUGCAACGAAAUGUGAUUAAUUUAUUUGGCAUUUCUUUAUUGUUGUGUACUCUUAAUGUGCUUGAGUUCGUCGUUCGUGACAACGUUGACGCCACCCACCAGCAAAGCUGUCAACAGCCUUGCACGGCGGCAAGCUCAUAAUUUUACGUCGCCGCCGCCGCUACCUCACAACUAUUGACGGACAUGCCGCAGUCAUUAGCGAGACUGAAAAUCCCGUGAUCUCGGGUUUUGUGUGUCGUCGCCUCCUAACGCCCCUCUUACCUGACCUUAAUUGUUGAUUUUAUUUGUCGUUCAAAAGAUAACAAAAACAACAACGACAACAGAAGCAUUUAUCACCCACAUCUCGUCGCAAUCACUUGAACUUGUUGAUCAAGCAUCAACCGCAAACGCGCACAAACGAAAUGACCAGAACAGAGAACAGUCGGUGGCAGCAGCAGAAGUAGAGAUAGAGAUAGAGCGGACAUCAGACGCGAUCUGCGCUCUUCUCGACUGUUUGCGUCUUUCAGUGCCACAGCGCGUUCCAACAGUCCGUCGCUCCGCUUCUUAAUUGUUUGUACGACAGAUCGUUGUGCGCUCCCGUCAUAAAUAUACCUUCGUCCGGCGUCACUCGGCUUCAUCUGCGAUCUACGGGCGCACAAAUACCACAAAAUUCUCAUUCACAGUUCACAGCGAUCGCGGCAAAUAUUCGAAAAUUAAACUGAAUGCUGCUCGUUUCUCACAAAUUAGCGAGAAUCAGCAACAAUUUAGCCAACCAAGAAGAGAUUGUAAUUGUGCGCUCUAAGUGGGUGUUGCCAGCAGCACGAAGCGCGAGGGAAGUUGCACUGCGCACGACGAAUAACAUCCACCAGUUGAUUUGUUUAUUACUCGGACGCCUACUCUGCUCGGCCCGUUGGUACGUCAUCAGUCCGUGUUUGUCGCGUCGGCUGACGGAAAUUGGCGCAUCAUUCGAGGGGCGGACGUAUCGGAUGAGACGGACCACGUAAACACAAGUGUCUCAUAUAUUUUAGCGUGUCUUCACAUAAGAUGAAAAUCUCAACCGCAGUACGGCAGGCAACCUUCGGACGUUGGCAGCGUUAAUAUGUACGUGCAUUUGUAAUUUCCCGUGGGAGAUAGUGAUAGAAAAAGUCACAGCAUGUGGGAGCACGGGGUAUGAGAGGAGCUCGCGAAAAAAAUCAAGUUAAUGAAUUUAUUUUAUUAAUGAAUUAACGCCAGGCACAGGGACAUACCUAAAUACAAAAAGAAAAAAGGAAAAAAACAAAUUAAAGAGCAUACAAAGUCUACAAAAACAAGUAAAAGAAGCUCUGUGCGAUGGUUAAAGCAUAAAUCAGCAUUUCCUUUCAGUUUAUCGUUGCAGUUGAAAUAUUUGCAUUCGAGCUUGGGGACUCAAGAGACGAUACAUACUUACUUGCCCACAUAGUACAUACAAACAUACAUAUUUACAUUCUAAACUCAACUAAUAAAAAUUAAGAAACAACAUUACAACGACGAAUACGCCUUCGUCUUCCUUUUGUUCUUCCUCUUCUUCUUCUUCUUGUUAUUUAUGCAAGACAGCCGCUACGAAGACGACGACGACGACGACGACGACGCAGACCGCAUUGCUAAUGAGCUGAAGCGCAUAACAGCGCCUGGAAGCGUUUAAACAACAUAAAAAUGCACACCCACAAUUUGUAUUGAAGCAACGUCUAGCCAACGCUUCCUGCCUGCGACCGCUGUCGAGCCUGCGAGCGUGCUUAAAGUCGUACGGACGGUGAGCGACAGCAACAGUAGCUGUCCCGUAGGCACAGCUAGAGAGAGAGAGAGAGAGAGAGAGUGGUUUUGUUGCUCGUUGAACCGCCACCACCCCCAAACAGGCGACGACAGACGCGCAGCAAUGGCAGCCUCAACGCCGGAUAACUAUAAAGUUCCAUCGACGAGCAAAAUCUCCGUGGAUAAGCUAUUGCGUGUCGGCUACUAUGAGUUGGAGAAGACAAUUGGCAAGGGAAAUUUCGCCGUAGUAAAAUUGGCAUCGAAUAUAGUCACCAAGUCGAAGGUAGCGAUAAAAAUUAUCGAUAAGACAUGUCUCAAUCGGGAGUAUCUAACCAAAACAUUCCGCGAAAUUUCCAUUUUAAAAUCACUACGCCAUCCGCAUAUUACUCGCCUCUAUGAGGUGAUGCAAUCAGAGACAAUGAUCUAUCUCGUCACCGAGUAUGCGUCCAACGGCGAGAUAUUCGAUCAUCUGGCGGAGAAUGGACCGAUGAAAGAGCUCGAAGCGGCGCGCGUUUUCACACAACUAGUCUCGGCCGUGCAGUAUUGCCAUUCGAUGGGCGUGGUACAUCGUGAUCUCAAAGCGGAGAAUGUGUUACUUGAUAAGGAUAUGAAUAUAAAGCUCGCCGACUUCGGUUUCAGCAAUCGUUACGAAGAGGGCAGUCCACUGACAACAUGGUGUGGUUCACCGCCCUAUGCUGCACCCGAAGUAUUCCAAGGGCUGGAAUAUGAUGGACCCAAGGCAGAUAUCUGGAGUUUGGGUGUUGUCUUGUACGCACUGGUAUGUGGCGCGCUACCCUUCAACGGUGACACCUUGCUAGAGCUGAAAGGGCGUGUGGUCACAGGCAAAUUUCGUAUACCAUAUUUUAUGUCAAGAGAAUGCGAACACCUAUUGCGUAAUAUGCUGGUUGUGGAGCCCGAUCGACGUUAUACAUUGAAACAAAUUAUAAAACAUCGUUGGCUAAGCGAAUGGUCGGCGGAAAUCGAUGAUUGUAUUGAGAGUGGUAAUAGUAGUAGUAAUAGCAGUAACAUCGCCGCACACUCCGCAUAUGCACAACAUUCCGAUAGUAGUUCGCUAACGCGGAGUGAUAGCAGUAGUAGUUUUAGCACUCACACGCACACACCGCCAGCCACCGUUUCCAAUCUGGAUACGGAGAUCAUGCGGAACAUGCUUCAAUUGCCCGGUCUGACCGCCGAUAUGAUUGCCGAGUCGGUGCACAAUCAACGCUUCGACAAUAUCUAUGCCAUUUAUAAUCUACUUGCCGAUAAAUUACAACAAAAGCGAAGGGAACAUCAUAGAAUGCAACAUCAAGCGGCUUAUUCAAGGUUGCGCAAAACCAGCAUAACCACUGGUGUGGUCGAUCGUUCCGAACCAAUAAAACAGGAAUCAAUCGAUCGUUUGAGCCCACUCACCAACACCAAUGCACUGCAAGGUGGCUUAGGCUUUCAAUGGACAGAUGUUUCCGUGGAUUUGGAGAAAUUCGGCGAUUUCGAAUUGGAAUGUCUGGCGCGGCCAAAUGAGCCACAAAAUCAAAAUCACCUGAGUGCCAAUGCCGGUGGAAACGGUGCAAAUACGCGGCGUCACACUGUCGGACCUGGCGAUGUGGCACACGAGCAGGCACUUGCUAAUCCCAAUGUGCCUCCAAUCAAUUUCAAAUGUGCACCGGAAAAACAGGACGAAACCGGCCCAUAUUUGCCAAUGAACCUGCCAAUGAUGCAAAAUCAACCGCUGCACAACUUAACCAUUAAGGAUCAGCAUCUCUUGAAACCGCCAAUGGUGAUGGGCGCAAGUUCAUUUGGGCGACGCGCUUCCGACGGUGGUGCCAACCUGCACAUUUACUAUCCUUCGACGGGGAGCAAUAUGCAUCAAGUGGCGGGUCAAGCGCAACAAAUGGAUCCGAAUGCUUACUAUAUGAAUCCGAAUGUAACCACUGCUGGUGGCUUGGUUGGUUGCGAUACAACGGAUCGGCUUAUGGUUCGAGGUAUGGCUGAUCAAACGCAAUUGUCGCAGUUAGGUGUUGGCGAUGCGGUCAGUGAGGAGAACAACGAGGAAAUACAAAAAUACAUUCAAAUACGUGGCAAGCGCCAUACCGUAAGCUGCACCGAAGACCUGUCAAUACAGCAUCACUCUGGCGAGACAUGUCCCGUUUGUGGCUUCUAUGAACCGCCUAUGACACCACAAAUACCCACCAUCUUGUCACCACAGUCGGGUGCCGGUGCCGGUGGAGCUGUUGGUGGUGGUGGCGGCAUGCGUACACGUCGUACCGGUCUGCUGACAGUGACGGAACGACCACCAGUGAUAAGUCCUGAGCUUAUACGUGAGGUUGAAUCGCGUAUGAAUCGAAAUUAUUUGCCACCUGCUUUGAAAAUGCAACAACAGCAGCAACAACAACAACAACAGCAACAGCAACACCAUCAAACACAUCAUGCCCAUCAACAGCAACACAGCUCACCAAAUCCCAUACUCAGUCAAUCCCCACCCACGGCUACCCUAAUGUCCUAUCACGCGUCGCCCAACGCCAACAUUUUGCCAGCCCAAGCAAUGGGCAAUGCGGCGGCUUUGGCGGUACAACAAAGCCCGCCGAGCGGCAGCGGAAAUAGUAGGCGUGUCCAUUUCAAGUCCACCAACAAGUUACCAACCGUGCAAGAAGUUGGUCGCUACAGCCCAGUACGUCGCGCCUCGGAGGGUUCGAAAGCGCAAUUUCAGGGUCCACUGCAGGAAUGUCAGUAUCUUCAGAAAGUAUCAGCACAACGUAAUUUUUUGGUUGCACCAACACCGCCGCUUUCAGAAAAUUCUAUUAGUUUGCCCGGUUCACCGAUACAUGGUAAACCCUCACCGCAUCUGAUAUUCCGCCGUGGCCAAGAAGUCGAGGUGCCGCCUGAAACGGUACGCGCUUUAAUGCCACAUCUCGACCGGCUCGUCAAGGAGCACCGACUGAGCACAGAUAUUGCCAACAAAAUAGUUUCAACCGGCAUGGUGCCACUGGAUUUGGCCUCCCAUCUGGGUUUGACAGCACAUGCCGGCAGUGCGGCGGUAAGUGGCGGCCACUUAGAUAUGGCCUCAUCUGCCAUGCAACACCAUGUGGGUGGUAUGUACAGCUUAAGUGUGUCGCCGCUCUCUUUGCCCAAUAGCGCCAAUGCCGGUGUUAUGGGCGCUGUUAGCGGCCCACUAAUGACACUACCGCCGUCGUGUAACCACAGCAUGGGCGCACACUCGAAACAAAUGUUGGGUCAAGGACCCUACCAGCAACAGCAGCAACAACAACACUUGGGCUUGAUGCAUCCACAAAUACAACAUGGCAACAAUGGUUUGGUGGGUCAAUUCAGUCACAUUACACUUAGUCAGGGUGUAACGCCCAGUACGAGCGGCGGUUUAGUUGGACAAUUCAGCGGUUCGAAUAGUAGCAGUGGUUGUCAGUCACCCAUCUAUAGCAGCUUUAGCGGCUCCACCUCACCUAACCCUUAUAUGCCCGGUGCGGGCGUUGGUGGUGGUGGCUCAUCGCCACUCCAUCAAAUCACCAAGGGUAUCUCCGUACUGUCGACGGGUGGCGGUGGUUCGAUUACACGUGGUACCUCUGCGGCCAGUGAAAUUGCCGCCUCCGCUGCCGCAGUCAAUCAGCCGCUAGAUCUUUCUAUGGAUGUGUGCACAUCGGACAGCUCGGCUGCUGAGACGCCAACAAAUGCAUUUGCUCAACAACACGUCAAUUGGAUGAUGACGCCACAAUUGUCCAGUUUCGAUCUCAAACCAUUAAACUUAUCACCAGCGCAACCGGUGCGCGUCGUACCCACACCGCCCGCCUCGCCAAAUCUCUGCAUCAUACAGGAGGAGAAUGCCAGUGGACAAAUGUAUCAUACGAUAACAACAGGUACACCGCAUGCCGGCUGCACUGGUGGUCUCAUCAACGAAGACAUGACGUCACCGUGUCAACCAUCACAUCCGCAAAUAUGUCUGACAGACGUGCAGGGCAGCGAAAUAACGCUGGUGGCAUUAAGUUCGGAGAAUAGUCGAGAUAGUGAUUGCGAUUCACUGGAGCCGCCCGCAUCCCUGAUGUCACUGCAGGGCCUCAUAAUCACGGAACCUUCCAGCGAUAUGCCUUCAAUAACACGUGGCACCGGCCGCAAGACGAGUUUGGAGUGCGCCGCCGAAAGUCAAGCGACACGUUUGGACGGUGACGUCAACACGACUAACAACACCAGCGAAUCGAAUAGACGCGGCAGUGAUAAAUCACUCGGCUUCUCUGACGAUUCACUGAGUAACGACUCCAACAACCUUUCGCCCUGCCAAGAGCCAUCAGCCAGUUCUGGCUUCAAAUCGGAAUCACAUUCCGAAAUUGGCGAUCACACUGAGGGCCACUUAUCACCCGACUCCAUUUGCGAUUCCCGUCGCAUGUCCGAGGAGAUGUGCUAUGAAGUACCGCUACCACACGAAUGUUCUAAUCUCGAUCCCACACGUAUACUAGAAUUGGUCAAACAGACAAUUGAUCAAACAAUGCCACCCAAAGGUGCCGUCUUGCACAAAGGUGGACAGCCAGAGGAGUUCGCCAACACGACAUAUGCGAGCACAGGCGAAGCGCGUAUAAGUAAUGCUUCAAACGCCACCAGCGAAUCAUCGGCCACAUCGAUGGACACGAGUAGUAGUGUGUCCGGUUAUGGUGGUGGUGCCGGCGCAAGUGGCUACGUCAGUACGAGUACAAAUCUAAGCUUAGAGUAUUCAGGCGGUUUACAAAUCGAAUUACAAGUUUGCGAGGGUCGUAGCCGGGACAAUCAGACCGCUGGCAAAGGUAUCAAAUUGCGACGCAUCUCGGGCGAUCAAUUCGAAUAUGGUAAAUUGUGUCAGCAACUGAUCAAUAAGCUCACCAUGCAGCAAGUCGCCGGUUAA